UCUCUCCAACACCCCCUCGUUCGCCAUCGAAGGCUCGAUCGAGUACGCACAAAACCCUCCCAUUUCCAUGCUCCCCGUACCAAACAGCCCCGAAAGCUCCCGCAUCAUCUCCCCAACAAUGGAAACCCUAGCCCCCGCUCCUCUUUAUCUCCGCCCCCUCCCUCUCUCUCUCUCGUCCAUUUGCUUCGCCCUAGAGAGGGAGAGAGAGGGAGAGUGAGAGGAGAGAGAGAGAGAGAGAGAGGGAGGGGGAGAGGAGGAUGGGGCGGGGGAAGAUCGAGAUCAAGCGGAUCGAGAACUCGACGAAUCGGCAGGUGACGUUCUCGAAGCGCCGCAACGGGAUCAUCAAGAAGGCGCGCGAGAUCAGCGUGCUCUGCGACGCCCAGGUCUCCGUCGUCAUCUUCUCCAGCUCCGGGAAGAUGUCCGAGUACUGUAGCCCCUCCACCACGUUGCCGAAGCUGCUGGAGAAGUACCAGCAGAAUUCGGGGAAGAAGCUGUGGGAUGCGAAGCAUGAGAAUUUGAGUGCUGAGAUCGAUCGGAUUAAGAAAGAGAAUGACAACAUGCAGAUCGAGCUCAGGCAUAUGAAAGGUGAGGAUUUGAAUUCAUUGCAUCCGAAGGAGCUGAUCCCGAUAGAAGAAGCUCUCCAGAAUGGGCUUACCGUGGUGCGGGAUAAGCAGAUGGAUUAUUUGAGGAUGAUGAAGAAGAAUGUAUGCUCUAUUCAUCGGGGAGAUUGUUGGAGGAGGAGAACAAGCAAUUAGCUUUUAUGCUGCACCACCAAGAGAUGGCGAUGAAUGGGAACAUGAGGGAACCGCAGAUCCCGAUGGGCUUCCGGGUGCAGCCGAUCCAGCCUAACCUGCAGGAGGACAAGUAACAGAAGUAUCCUACAUCUCCUAAUACCGCGUCUCUGCCAUCGACUUUGUCUGCUAUAUUAUCUGUUGUUAUAUCAUCUGAACAUCUGAAUCUUUCUUGCUCUUAGUAUCGAAACUUUUGAUCCGACUGUAAGUUUGUAAAACUUCUUGGUUAUCUCAUGUAUUGAAGGGUUCAGCUUAAUCUUAGAAUUGAAAUGGCUUAUUAGUAUUCA